UGGUGGAUGCCAUCAUCUGCGCGUUAAAUAAGAAUCGUAAACCACCGAGGUCAAAUAUGUUUGACCCCGCAUUCGGAAUACAAUGGAAAUCGAUUUCAUUGUUAGUUUAAUAUCGCGUCGAAAUGCUUCUCGUGGGAUUCGCGCUCUUGUGGUUUCGGCCUGUUACGUCCAGCUGCGUGCUAUUCGGUGACGUGGUGAACUGCGUGAACGUCACCCAAGAGAGGUACCUCUACGACGUCCACCGUGUCAUCUUGGGCGAAAGACCGACGAAUUAUAGCGUCGUCCAAAUAAGGGACUCCGACUUUGAAGUUAUCGACACGAUACGGUGCACAAAGUGGUGCCGAGAGCGGACGCUCGAGAUAACCCGGUGCAAGGUGAAGAGCGUCGCCGUGAAGGCGUUCGACGACCUGCAUCUUUUGGAGGCGCUGGAUUUGAGUUACAACAGGCUCGAAAGUGCCGAAUUCGCAACUCGGUUCGGGAGGCGUUUGAAACUGCUCAAUCUAGCCCACAACAGGUUGAAAUCGAUCCAACCCGAGGUGUUCGCGCAGAGUACUUUGGACCUCAGCUUCAACGAGCUCACCUUCUUGGAUCUGGGAUAUAUGUGCCGUCACGCUAGAGAACCUUUUGUACACGCGGCUUCAAACCACAUAACGGCGGUUUACAAUGGCUCCCGCUGUGACAUUAGUCUUAAUUUGGCAAACAACCCGCUCUUGGAAAUGGAGGAUAUGAGAGUCCUCGAAGUGAACCUAUCUAAUACGACCAACGACUUCGUCAAAGUGAUGCACGGUUUUCGUGCAAAAGUACGAAACGCUUCCAACAACCUGUUCGGAUACCUGCACGACGUCUCAAACGACGUGUACAGUCAGAAAAUCUACUUGAGCCACUGCUCUAUAACCGACUUUAGUGAGACCGUGUUCGGAGGCAACAGCUUGGAAGUCGUCGACCUAAGUCGCAACAGUCUCGAACAUUUAAAGCUGCCCAGAUUCGAAUCAGCUUCGAUCGAUCUCCUGGACAUGUCCCACUCCAACCUCUCUUCCGUAGACGACCUUUUCCGGGGACUCCGAUGUAAUACCCUGAAGCUCGGCGACUCGAGAAUCACGCGAGUGACCUCGGCCAGCUUUCGAGGAAUCCAGGACUUGAGCAACCUAGACCUCUCCUCCAACGAGCUGCGGCUGGAGAACGCCUCGUUCUCUAACUGUCCUGCGCUGACUAACCUCGACCUGUCAAACGGCCGGCUCGUUUACGCGCAUCCCCUAGCUUUUUUUGGCUUGAUCUUCCUCGAAGACUUGAACCUGGAGAACACCUCCCUGACUGUCCUAGAAUCCGGCCUGUUUCAGCCCCUCGUGAAACUCAAGAGACUCAACUUAAAGUUCAACCCGCUGACUUCCGUAGCGUUGACCAAUGUCGGGCAUGUCUCGGCGGCCGUUUUAAAAGUGACCCUGAGCGGAAACCUCGAGAAGAACGCGUUCGUCCACUUUCACGACCUAGAGCGUUUGGUUUUCGAUGACUCCGUCAUAGGUCGUAUAGCGAACGGCGCCUUCCGCAACCUCUGGAAGUUGGAGCUACUGGAAUUUAUCAACACCAACGUGGGCACCGUAGAGAGCCGCGCCCUCGUAGGUCUCCUGAGCCUCACGCACGUCGACGACGUCAUCCUUAAGUCUUGGAGCGCGUUGGAGCCUCGCGCAUUCCAAGACCUCGUUUCCCUAACGUAUCUGGACCUUAGCGGCUCGCCCGUAACUCGGAACAAUCUGACGGACUUGGAUCCGGACGCCCUGUCAGGCUUGAAGAACUUGGAACAGCUAGAUCUCAGCUACAACCCACUAAAGAACAUCUCCGAUUUUAAGUUUAGAAGCCUACGGAAAUUGACCACGUUGAAGUUAGAGGUCUGCGGGCUGAGCCGGCUAUCCGUGGACGCCUUCUUCGGCCUCGCGAGGCUUCGCGUGCUGUCUAUGAGCUUAAACGAGUUGCUCGACGUUGUGGUGGGCACAUUUCGUCACUUUCCUGACCUAGAAAGCCUAGACCUCUCGCGGAACCGCAUCGAGGACCUCAAGGUCGGGGUCUUUUCUAAUCUGGCCCGUCUGAGGAACCUUGAUCUCGCCCGUAACAGCAUGUCUAAGCUCUCCAAGGAGGUGUUCGCGCCACUGCGCAGGCUCGAGGUCCUCAACCUCGAAGGCAACCACCUCAAGAACAUCGACUACAAAAGUCUCUUGAAGAAUGUAGUGAGGUUGAUGCAGAUCGGGGUGAAUGGUAACAAGUGGAAGUGCGAGGAUCUGGCGCCCAUGUUGGAAAGUUUUCGGCAACGAAACGUGGAAUAUCUCACGGAAAAUCCCAACUACCUGGGGGACAACGUCGAGGGGAUAGGAUGCGUGGACGUGUGCAAGUACCUGUUAUGUUUGAAAGAUUCCCACGGGAUCAAUUAAUUGUUGACAAAUAAAAACUCAGUAAAAUUCGUUUGCUUUGUUUCGAACAUAUUCCACGUUGCCUCAAAACCCUCAAGUCAGCAUCUCGAACCUGCUGCCCCCACCGAAAAUCUACAAAACAUACUCACCUU